UUCCUUUUCCGGUUCUCAUACUGUCAACAAACAGGACCAGUGAUGGGGGCCAUUCGACCUCUGAAUAAGGACAAGAAAAUUGUCAAAAGGAACAAGAAGUUCAUCCGUCAUCAGUCAGACAGAUAUGUGAAAGUUAAGCAAAACUGGCGCAAGCCGAAAGGUAUUGACAACAGAGUACGUCGCCGUUUUAAGGGUCAAUUUCUGAUGCCCAACAUUGGUUAUGGAACUAAUAAGAAACAAAGACACGUGAUGCCAGAUGGCUUCAAGAAGUUCCUUGUUCACAAUAUUGCUGAGCUUGAGGUCCUUCUGAUGCAGAACAGAACAUUUGCCGCCGAGAUUGCACACAACGUAUCAAGCAAGAAGCGCAAGGCAAUUGUUGAGCGUGCACAACAGCUCGCUAUCAAAGUGACAAACCCGAACGCCAGAUUGCGGUCAGAGGAUGACGAGUAGAUGUGUCCUGUUCUGUGUAAAUAAGAAAAAUAAAGAGAAAAAUCAG